AUGCCGCAGACCUACAACAAGGCCUUCAUUCCCCUUGAGUCCAACCCUGAUGUCUUCAACGAGCUCAUCGCCCUCCUCGGCGCCUCGCCGUCUCUCCAGUUUCAGGACAUCUUCACACUAGACGACCCCGCCGCCUUACCGCAAAAAAUCCUCGCACUCGUCCUCGUCUUCCCCACGACGUCCACAUUCGAGACGCGAUUGACGCAAGAGGAGGCUGGCGCCAAGGACUGGAUGGUGGACCACGACGAGGAGGACGAGGACGCCGUUUGGUUCAAGCAGACGAUCAACAACGCCUGCGGAUUAUACGCCAUACUGCACGCCUUGGCGAACGGGCGGGCCAAGGACUUUCUCAGGCCGGCAUCAUUGCUGGACAGCCUCCUGUCCAUCGCAGCGCCCAUGGACCCGGCGCAGGCUGCCAUGGUUCUGGAAGGGUCCCAGGAGCUCGAGGAUGCUUACGCAUCCGUUGCGACCAAACGCGACACGCCCGCGCCGGACAGCGCAGAGGACGACGUCAACUACCAUUACAUCUGCUACGUCAAGUCACCGGACACGGGUCAUCUCUACGAGCUGGACGGCGACAGGAAGGGACCGGUUGACAGAGGCAUCCCAGACGAGGAUGAAAAGGUGGAUCUAGGCGCGAAAUCAUUGGACAUUGUCCGACAAUUCAUUGCGCAGGGGGGGCACGAUAUUGGCUUCAGCCUCAUGGCCUUGGCCGAAAAUUCAUAA